AUGGUUCAAACAAGAAAUGCGGAGAAGUCCGCAAAGGACGAGGCGGGCGAAGAACAGAUUGAAAAACCGAUUAAGAAUACUUCAGACACCCCCGAUACAAGCUCUGAAAACAAAGCCGAAAGCAAAGCGGAUGAUGGUGCCUCAAAGUCGCGCGACAGAAUGGAAAGGUUCAAAGCUCUGCAAGCUCGAGCAAAAUCCGCUACCGAACGCAACUUAAAAGAAACCGCCGCCGAGUCUCAGCGUCUGACCACGGAUCCGGCACUGCUCAACACAUUGUCCCGCAAGCAUGCAUUUGCUUCACACAACCUCCUCAAAGCGGACACAGAAGCGGCAGGAGAAGACUUUGAACGUAAGCGUGCAUGGGACUGGACAGUUGAUGAAUCCGAGAAGUGGGAUAAGCGUAUGGCAAAGAAACAGCGCCACCGUGACGAUGUGGCAUUCAAGGAUUACACACAGGAUGCGCGCAAGGUGUACAAGAGGCAGAUGAGGGAACUGCAGCCCAACUUGGACUCAUACGAAAAGGACAAGAUGGCUGCGAUUGAGAAGGCCGCGGCUAACGGUGAUCUUGAGAUUGUGGAGACGGAGGAUGGAGAAAUGAUCGCAGUCGACAAGAACGGCAGCUUCUAUUCCACCGCGGAUUCUACUGGCUUCACAGACAGCAAGCCGGAUCGUGCCGCUGUUGACAGGCUGGUGAAUGAUCUGCAGAAGGCUGAGGAGGCUCGUCUCAAGAAGCGCAAGGAGCGUCGCGGCGAUGAUGAUUCUGAUGUGACAUACAUCAACGAGAAGAACAAGCAGUUCAACAUGAAGCUGGCUCGUUUCUAUAACAAGUACACUACCGAGAUUCGGGACAGCUUCGAGCGUGGCACUAUGAUCUAA